UCUUUUGGUCGAUCGGAUCGUUCUUACUUUAGCAAUUGGGAAGUAAUUGGCCGUUUGAAUAGAAAUUUGAUUAAGCUGUUGGUGAAGCAUUGUGAAGGUGAUUUGAAUGGGAAGAUUAUUAUCUGCCAAUUGUGGGAGAGAAUUUCAUUUUGGGAUUUCUUGAGGAUAUUCGGCUCAGUGUAAAAGGAUUCGAUUUCAGCUUUGGAUUGCCCACUUAAUGGUGUCUAGUUUGGAUGAUACUUCAAAUGGCAACGGUGAAGAGCAAUAUUUGACACCGGUUCUCCACAAAUAGAAGGCAAAAGUUGCUGCUGAUCUCUUAAGCCUCUUUUGGAUGAAUCCAAUUGAUGAUUUUUAUUGGAAUCUUGAAAAAGUGAUGUGAUUGAGAAAAAAUACCUUUACACGAGGAAAAAGAUCAAACGGAUAAAAAUUUACGUGGAAAGCUAUUGUGCAGGGCGCUACCAGGAAGAUAGAUAAAUAGCUGUCCCAGUGUAUUGUGUGUAUAUUUCAUGGAAUUUUCAUGUUUUGUAAUUGAAAAAAAGUUGACCAACGUACAACAAAAAGGAUCGAGUGUAUUUUAAUCAGAAAGUGUCCUCAUUUUUUGUUCCUUUGCCAUACCAAGUGCAGUGUGUUCUCCGACAACCACCACACCAGAAAAAAAAGCGGCGGCACAGCGCAAAAAUUUAAAUUAAAAAAGGAUUAAGAGAUUAAAACAGUGCAACGGUGCGGAAAAUUUGGUUCGCAUGUGUGUGGGAAUUGGGUUUCUCUAUCGAGAAUAACGAAGCCGUGGAGUGAGUCGAAAAUAACAACAACAAGAGUAACGGAAACAAAAAAAAUUGGAAUCAAGUGCGAUUUUCACUGAUAUUGGUGUUGGAUUGAUGCAGAUACUGAUUUUUUCCCACCAUCAUCAAACUUGAAACCAACAAAGGAGCAGUUGGGUGCAAGAAGGACAAACCCCCGACGAUACGUCAUCAGUCAAUCCGGAUCAUCACCGUCGCGAAAGCCUUCAGCUUUCAGUAUCAUGUUAAUGCAUUUAAACUGCUGAUAAAGAUGGCGAAAAUUGUGCCAAAUUAUACCACAUCCGGCAAAAAUACCGAACCGGCAUCGAGUCUUGCUGCUGCUGUUCUUGCGUCUUCGACGACGUUGAGGAAAGUCGUUUGCCCAGCACUGAGGAAGCUGUGAAGGAAAACAGGGCUUGAAGGAGCAUCGAACGAAACGACAGAAAGAGAGCGAUAAUAUCGAGCGCAACCCCUCGGUGUGACAUAUUAAAUUGGGCGACUUCUCAAAAGCUAUCCCCGAUUGGGACUCACAGUAGUGCUGGCAUGCAGAACUAAAUUUCCAGGAAAGUGGAAAAAUUGCACGAAAGGGAAAAUUAUAAUAAUAAAUAAAAACAGUUUGGUUCCCGGCCACGGCGUGUGUAUAAGAGAGAGUAUCGGUGCCGUUCUUGUUGGAAGUGUGCUUUGCUUCCCAAAUUGCAGUCGCUGUAAGAAUCUUCUAACUGAGGGUUCUUGGAAAAGAGUGAAUUUUAUGGCACUCCUAGUGCCGGUGGUCCAAAGUCUUAUGGGAAGGCCUCGGUAGUUUCAAACUUCCUGAAGAUAGGCAACCGGCAAAAAAGCCACGACAAUCGCUGGAAGUUGCCAGGGUGCAGAAUUUCAGGCGCUUCAGCAAUACAGGUGCCAGGCAAAAGACGAGCAAAAGUGGCGCGCGCGAGUUCUGUGUCAUCGUGCAUUGUGUGAAUUUGGUCCCAGGCCAGAAACUGACGGAAAAUUUGUGUGUCUCCGUGUGCCGCCAUCUGUUGGUUGUUGCCCGACUCAGUAGUUUAGUGAAAAAUAUCAUAACAAUAACCGCACACUCACAAUAAUCGUGGUUUGUAGCUGCUGGUGCUGCAAAAGUACAUUGGAACAUCCUCAAAAACGACAAAAAGGAGGUUUGAGUGCAGUAUCGCAAGCCGGAAGAAGAAAGGAGCAACAGUUCUAGAAGUAGGGAAGAAGCAUAGACACACCGGAAGAAGCUGUUCCCCCCGGGGGGAAGAACAGAAAAGGAAGAAACAAGAAGCACAAAACAGUUUCCACAGAGAAGUCAGUGUGAAGGCAAGAUAUUGCCUCUGGGAGGAUUAUUUACCCAGCCAAACCGAACGAACGAACAACCCGAAAGAAAGAAGGACGCUCUGGAGCUGAGCUAGUUCCUUCAAACCAGCCAGAAAGUUAAGCACACACAACAACUCAAACACUAAAGGUGGAAAAUAAUGGCCGGAUAUGUGUGUCAUAUUUUACUAUUUUUUCUCUUCUUCGCCCAGGAAACGGCUUACGGCACAUCGUUCGGAAACUCCCUGUCAGAUACGCUGUCCGAUCCAGACUUUAUCGACAGCCCACCGAUGAGCCAACCCAAAUUCACCUCCCGGUCCCAGUCGAUCCGGGCUGUCAUCGGAGAUACUAUUUCACUGCCGUGCGAUGUCGAGAAUCUAGGUAACAACAUCCUGCUGUGGCGUCGAGGGAGCGCCGUCGUGACUGCGGCCAAUCUCAUCAUCACCCGAGACCUCCGGUUUAAGCUGCUGAAGGGCUACACGUUGCAGAUUAAAAACGUUCGGCCCCAGGAUGCCGGGGACUACAGCUGCCAGGUGGGCGACCACGACAAUCGGGAUCUGGUCCAUACGGUCGAAAUUCUGGUUCCGCCCUCGAUCCGGUCCACCCAGGAGGCGGGCCACGUGACGGUGCGGAAGGGCGGGGCGGCCACGCUCGAAUGCAAAGCCAGCGGGAAUCCGGUGCCUAGCAUCAGCUGGAGCAGAAAGGAUUCGUCGUUUGGAUCCCCACAUCUGGCUGAGGGACCGACGCUUUCGCUGGAGAACGUCAAUCGGCAGGACAGUGGAACCUAUCGGUGUUACGCGGACAACGGAAUUCGGGAGCCCGUGUUUGUCGACAUCCAACUCAUCGUGCUGUAUUCCGGAUGUGGACAGCAGAGGGAAAGCGAACUUCUGCGAAAGUUUGUACAUUACGCCCGAAUUGGAAAUCCCGAAUGUGUAUUUUCCAGUCGAAACUGCUUCCGGGUAUUUUAUUUCGUUCUCUAA